AUGAGGAUUAACCAAUUCAUCUCAAAGAAGCGAACUGGAACCGUCAAUCCAGCAAUUACUGAAGAGCUGAUUUUGGAUGGGCUUAAGUUGAGGGCUAUUACGGAUGAGGACUGUGCGGAGUUGUGUCAGUACACGAGUCUAAAGUGCUUGAGCAUGAACCAGUGCAGUCUGACGGACGUGUCGAAGUUGCCACAGUUCCCUUUGGUAGAGUCUUUAGAGUUGCAUGACAAUAAGUUGUCUGGAGCGCAAACGUUGGCGGUGAUUGUGGCCAAGUUCCCUGCACUCUCCACAUUGUACAUGGCGGGCAACCGCCUCGGCAGUCUGGUCGAGCUGGCGCCCCUGACUGCUCUCAAGACCCUCAAGGAGAUCGACGUAGAGAUGAACCCAUUCACGGGCGAGAAUGCUCAACCAAACGUGCGCUCCCAAAUCUUCGACGCCCUACCCCAGCUCGAAAUCGUUAACGGCUUCAACAAAGACGGCGUAGAACUCGCCGACUCCGUCUCCGGAUCCGAAGGCGACGACCGCGACGACCCAGAACUCGUCACGGAAGAUAUCAGUAACAUCACACAAAUAACUUCACCCUAA